AUGAGCGGGAACGAAUUCAGGUUCUUCCUCUCCUGCGAUAUCAAUCUCCCGGUGACAUUCCGGAUCGAUCGGUUGGAAGGAAACUUGCAGCAGCCUUCCGUUUCUCCCCCAGGUAAACUGGCGACCACAUCGGGCUUCCUCUCCCCGUUGUUCUUCCUCGCCUCGUCCCUUCUUCCUUGCUGUUGGCUCCAUUUGGUGAUGGGGACCGGCUCCGGUGAAAAGUUAGCGGUGUUCUGGGGAAAUUCUUCGUGGUGUUUUCGAUUUUUUAAAUUGACAAUUCAGGCGAGACGAGUGGCAGAUCAAUCUCUCUGCCCUAGCUCGCCCCUGGGCUCCGGGGUUUGGAUUGUGGAGGUCUUAGUCUCACUUUGAGAAGUCGUAUCCAUUGUGUAUAUAUCUCUCGUUGCGAGGCACCAGCCGGGUGUUUAUGUUUUCUUCUUGAAAAAUACAAAUUGACAGUCACAACGUUUGUUUUUUGUUUUUUCUCCUUAGAAUCUGGUUCGUUAUCCGAGGGCAGAAGCGCGGAGUUGUUUGUUGAGUGUGCAUUGUACCUCGACGGUUCUCUGUUUGGACUACCCACGCGAACAAGGUGGCAUCCAUUUUACGCUCUUGGAAAAUUGAUGUUUAAUUAGAUCGUUGUCCCUGAAUCAGAAUUCCAUUCCGUUUCUGUUUAUCAUUUCAACUCGUGUAAUUUCUAGCAUUUACCUGAAAGACCAGGUUAGAAUCUUCAGGACAGCCAUACUGUUGGAAUGAGCUUAUCACACUGAGCACCAAAUAUCGGGACUUGACUGCCCAUUCACAGCUUGCAUUAACUGUAAGUUAGAUGUUUAUGGUGUUAUCACGAAUGCAGCAAUUUUGUCAACCUUUAAUUACGGUCUGGUCUACUUCUCUGGAAAUGUGUGUUCAUGCCCCAGUUAUGUGGAACCUCUUCACCUGCCAUUCUGUCAGUGAACCGAAAAGUAUCAUGCUGUUCUUUUUUCCGUCGGACUGCUGUUUUUAAGGGAACGCCUGCUGAAAAAAGGGAGAAGAAAGAAGUGGCAUAUCGUUAUUUUUUCCUGUCCAGCUCCUCUUUUAUUUGGUCCAUCUGAAAAAAAAUAUAAAAAGUAUUUUUUUCUGAGAUACGCAGGACCCUCUGUUCUGAAUCGUUUAUUUUUUUUAAUGCAUAUUUACAGUGAGAACGCUGAUUGUUGUAGUAUCCAUGUAAUAUGAUCUGUUGUACUAUUCUUAAUAGGGAAUGAGAUGUAGUGUGGACGGUUGUCUGGUUUCUGCUUUGUAUUUGUUUGAUAUUCUGGCUGAAAUGUUCCAUCCAUCCUGGACCUAUGAAUAGUUAAAUUAUUUGGAUUUCUUCAUGAAGGCAUUGGGUUCGUACGCAGGUUUGGGACGUAUCGCGUGGCAAGGGGAAGGUUCCUGUUGGUGGAGCAACUGUUCAUCUUUUUAAUAACAAAAAGCAACUUAAGACUGGAAAACAGAAGCUUCGGCUUUGGCUAGAAAAAGAAGCAGAUGGGUCAUAUCCAACUACAACACCUGGAAAGGUUUGCUUCAAUAAUUAUAUUAUUAUAUUUAUCUAAUCUGUUUCUAAUGCCUAAACUAAGUUACAUGUGCCGAAUCUGUAUUAGGACUGGAUAUUUUCUUCUGAAAAGACAAAAAUUCACCGAGUUCUUUUUCUCGAUUCGAUUAGGUUCCAAGACAUGAGCGUGGGGAGCUGGAGCGCAUUGAAAAUCUUAUUAAUAAAUAUGAAAGAGGUCAGAUUCAACGAAUUGAUUGGUUGGACAAUCUGGCCUUUAGGGCUAUGGAGAAAGUUAUGGAGAGGGAAAAUUCUAGAUUGGGGAAUUCGCACUUGAGUCUGAUAGUUGACUUCUGUAGUUUUGAACACAGAGUGGUUUUUCAGGUCAGUGCUUACCAGUGGUUGUUGUUUGAUCAUUACUCUUAUCAUAGAUAUGCCUGGUGCGUGCUGGAAUCGUUCUUAAAUGUUUAAUGAUAGCCUCCUAUUUUCUACAACGGGUUUUAUUUUAUGUUUACACCUGAUACGUUUUAGUUAAUACUGUAUUGCUAAACUUUAGCUUUGUGUCCUGAACACAUGCAUGAAUCUAAUGAAAUAUUUUUAGUGUGUAAAUGCAUGUUUGCACAUGACUGCAGAUUAGUAGAUCAUUUCCUACAUGUGAAUGCAAAACACUUUCGAUGAAUGAAUCCCACAAAAGAUUGCCAAGUUUGCUUUACUACCUUUCAGUUUCUAUGCGGCAAUAAGUCUGUUGAUCUCUGAGUUUGUUUUGUGGAUCAAAUGUAGGCAAUGCCUUUUGGUAAUUUCCUAUGACCAACCCUUUUAAUUUGAUGUCAUAGGUUGGAUUUAGUCUAGACAGAUGCUUAUUAUAAACCUAAUCCUGAUGAACGACUAGUAGACUGGGACGAAGAAAAGGAAAAAAAGUGGGAAUAGGGAUAUCAGCGCAGAGCAUGGCCUAUAAAUCCAAAGAGCAGUGAGGAAAGCAGGCUUGGGGAAAAUAGAUUGUCCCAGCAGUUUCAUUUGGUACAUAGGUAUGUCAAUGCAUAGCGAGAACUUGUCUUCCACGAAUAUCUAUUUUUUAUCUCAAUCAAUUACAAGUUUAGUAUAACAUGAGUUACCAGCGUGGCUCCAACAGUAUCCAAAAUACAUUGUCAAAAACUCAUCCCCAAGUAAUGCCAGGCAUGUGAUCUACGAGCAUUCCUCUUCUUGCAUGUUGAGAAUAAAUAGUUUAAAAAUGGAUCGCUGCUUGUCAAAGAGAAAAUCCAUUUUAUGCUGGUUAGACUUGUUCAGUCAGUUUACCUUAUCUACAAAUUGGGUUUGUUCAAGUGUUAGAUACUGCAAGAUGAUUAUUGAAUAGGCUGGUUGGUGUUGAGUGUAGAUAGUAAAUAAAACGCCUAAAAGAACCAUAUGAAUCGCUACCCUAUACAAUAGUUACCCACGACCGACUUUUUCGGUGAAUUAUUUGUUUAGGCAUGCAUCUUUGACGGGAACGUGUUAGAUCUUUGUGAAAAGUUAUCUCAUAUUUUGUAUGUUUAUCCACGGAGACAAUUUCUUGACUAAUCCAGAAUUUUCCAUGUCUUCAAUAUUUAGCAUAUCCUAAGGUAAAGUUAGAAUAAUCAUUUUUUUUGCUUCCCAAUUUGUCUUUGGGUUUCACAAUUAAGAUAGCAUUACUGCUACUCUCUCUCCCCCCCCUCAGUUUGAAUCCGAGAAAGUAAGAGCAUACUAGUAAUGGCAGAACGGUUAUUAAAGGCUAAAAUUGUACCUGUUCUUAUGCCUAAAGCCUUAACUGUGCAGCUGUAAUUCCUUGUCUACUGUUCCAAAAUGAGUUAACAUAUUUGACUUUUAUAAACCGCAUAUGUUCAGGUGAACACUUUGCCAAAGAAUAAAUAGCUUGCCCAUUACUCCCACAAACGCCGGUCUAAAAUUACUUAUUUUGAUAAAUGCAUCACUGUUUCAUCUUCUAACCUAAUUUUUUACGUCUUAAAUUUUAAAAAAUAGACCUCAGGAUUUGGGAAAAAAAUUUAAGUCAUUAUCUCAUGCCGAAACUGAAUGGUUUGAUAUUGAUGAGUGACGUUUUGGAUCAUCUGAGUUUAUUGAACGAUCACCGGCUUAUAUUUCUAAUAUGGUUGCUUUUUGGUGAAUGUAUUUUUUUUGAGUUUCUAUGUUUAAAUUAUGUAGAAUUUUCUGUGUGUUACAUCUGAAAGAAAAAAAAACGUUACAUUGGAUUUCAGGAGUCGGGAGUUAACUAUUUCUUCCCAUCAUCUGUAUCUUCGUCAAAUGAACUUGUGACGGUCUGGGAUCCUGAAGUGGGGAAAAGUAAUCCUUCUGAGAACAAGCAACUAAAGCUCGCCAGAAGUUUGACGCGCGGGAUUAUAGAUAUGGAUUUAAAACCAAGCAGUAAUGAUUGGAAGUAUGUUCAAGCUCCACUUUUCGUAUUCAUUUGUUCAACUUUACUGUAAAUGAGGCUUCCCUAAAAAUGGUAUAUAAUUCAAUGUUUGUACCCAGUUUGGUUUAGAAUCAAUCAUCUGACCUUUCAACUUUGGAUCUCUCUUUUUCUGAUGAUUGUCUUUUAGGCGUUUGGUUACAUUACGAAUGCAUUUCUGUUGCUAAUGGCAUUUAGUUUUUUUAGGAUAAUUAAGGUUUCCCAUUUAUUUGACAAGCGUUCACUGUUUGCAAGAUUUUUAGCCCUCUAUUUAUGAAUAUUACGUUUGUUGUGGUGAAAAUAUAACAAACCUUUGUAUAAACUAGUUUUGAUAGUAUCAUUGAAAUGCUCUAUUUAUAUCACAACCCUUAAUUGAAAAUAAACUUCUCUCAUAAUCUCGCACUGUGAUUGAAGAUCAAUACAAAGGAUUCUGAAGUACCCUCCCACCCGCACUCUAAGUGGAGAAGAGAGGCAACUACUGUGGAAGUUUCGUUUCUCCUUAAUUUCUGACAAGAAGGCCCUCACGAAGUUUCUCCGAAGUGUUGAGUGGAGUGAUGCUCAGGUCAGACUUCUCUUUAUGUACUAGCGCUCAGUUGAUUGUCAGUAUCUUUCAUAUACCUUUGCCCAUAUCAUAAAUCUCCAAUUUCCUACAAUAUUUCGUCUAAAGGAAAACUUUUGUGUUGUUACUUCAACUGUUUCUUCGAAAUGGAAAGUACACAGUUUAGGAAUAAAGUCAAAAUAACGAAGAAGGAUAUGAAUCUAUAACUUGACAAAGUGUGCAAAGGUUUCCCAUCUUGGCUUGACUUGAUCUGACUUAUAGAAUCUGAUACUAGUUGGACUUGCUUUGUCCUGAUCCGCAAUUUUUGUAUCAUUAGAUAUGUGUAUCUGGUUCGAAACCAAUAGCUUUGUGGUACCUUUGAAGUUUGUGCGUGUCUUUUGGGGUCGUAGAAAGUUAAGAAUACAUACUGGUUAUUUGCAUAUGGAUUACUGGAGUUUUAUAUUUCUGUUUGAUUGAGUUUUAUUUUCCCUGAAUAAGUGGGCUUGCUUUAUUGCUUUCUUGACUUCUGAAUACUCAGAAACAAAUGAUUAAUCUGUUAAUUCGUUACAGGAGGCAAAGCAGGCGGUAGAACUGAUGGGAAGGUGGGAAAUGAUUGAUGUCACUGAUGCACUUGAGCUCCUCUCUCCGGUUUUUGAGAGUGAAGAGGUCAGCAUCUGAUUCUGCGUAUUAAAAAUUUUUACUUCGCAGGUGCCCUUUUGCGUUUUGCGAUGUUAGCCAGAUCUGUUGGUGUUUCUUGUUUAUAAAUGUCAUCAUUAUUCGCGAAAGUUUGAGGUACUUUAUGGAAUCCUACGACUUAGCUUGCGUACAUCAGUGCAGAUAUUAUACUCGCGUACUGUCUCUUGUUAAAUAUGAAAUUGAUCUUGAGUUAACCGAUGACUGAAAAGAAAGGGGAACCAGUAAGCUAGCAAUUCUUGGAUGAUUCAUGAGAAGUUUCUUUUUUAUCCUUAAACUAUGAAUCUCGUAGUAUAAAACAUUUAGUUUCUGAAGCCAAAUAUCUCACUUCAUUCUGAUCACUGCACUUAAAUUUUUGUGAUAUCAUUCUUUCCCCCCUCCCUCUGGCAACACAGAAUAUGGUUAAUAAGAUAUUUGCUUUGUUUCUGCGGAUAUUUGCUUUCAAUUUUUAUGGAAUGAUUUAUGGGGGCUUACUUUCGAGGAGAUCUUGGUUUUAAAUAUGCUUUUUUGAUAUUCACGAAUAAUCCUUGCUAUGAUCUUGUGACGGUUUUGUUCAUCACUCGGUCUACAUCGGAGAAAAAGCUGCGAAAGAUGGCUUGGGGUAAGCAUUGCACGAAGUGUUAGAAUAGGUGAUGUUUCAGAACCAAAGUCAGAGAGUUUUUUUUCACGACAGAAAUUUCUUUAUUCCCUUGAAUCUUUAUUGUUCAGUAUACUGAAUGCGGUGAUUUGAGAGAAAUGAGGAGAUAAAUUGAAUAUAUAAAAAAAAUCUGCCAGAGAGUGGUCUCAAAAAAUUUAUGUACUUUGAGGGGUGAUGUCACUUCCAUGGAAAAUUUAAGACGAGAUUGCAUUAAGGACAAAUCUUUAUGCACUUAUUUUUAUAUCGCACUCGAAGAUAAGUUGAAUCAAAUACUGGAAGUUUGUUGAGGGGAAGUCAUAAUGGGAUGUUUUGUUAGAUUUCGGAUAUGCUUGGAAUAAGUUUCUUGUGGAGAUGGAUAGAGACAUUGGAGUGUAUGGGUUAGUCACAUGGAAUAAGUUUGUUGCAGAUAUGGUGUGCAGCCGUAUUGGCUGUUUUUCUAAAACAUUUAGUUUUUCGAGGAUGGACCAAUUCUGUAUUUUCGGGAGUAUAUGAUUCUUAAUCAGAUGAAGAGAGGAAGACAUGAGAGAGUAUCUGCCCACUUUUUGUGGGAGGUCAUGUAGCCUUCAGUGUCUUAGAAAACGCUACACUAUGCCUUACCCUAGUACACCAUUUUCUUCAGUUUGACUUUGCUGUAAUCAAAUAUUAUGGAUAGCUGGAGUUUAUUUCCUACGAUUAGGCACAAUUGAGAACAUCUAGUCAUUGCUGGAUUUCUCGAAUAGUUGUUCUUGCAGAAGUAAAAACUAUGUGCUUUUGAAGCGUUUCAUUGACCUUUUUAUAAUUUUAUAGAUAUGGAUUUAUAUGGGACGUAGAUAUACUUAUGUUUCUGUAUUUGUAAACCGAGUUUACGAGGAAAUAAUCCGUCAUUCACAUAUCUACUUAGGCUAUGUUGAUAUUUCUAUGGUUGAGAUGAAUUCCAUUUUAGCCAUUUGGUUUGUUGAGAACCAUAAGGGAUACAUCUUGGGGCGUCUUUGCAUGCUAAACCAUUAUUCUUUUCACCAACGCUUUUUCUUUCAUCACUACAGAGUUUUGGUUGUAUGGAAUUCUGUGAAUAUUUUAUUACCUGUCUUUGGGUGCAUGCGUGUCUUGUUUUUUCUUUUGUUGUUGAAGCACUCGUAUAUUCUAUCAUGUCUUAGCCAUUCUUAUUUCACCGAGAUCCUGUAUUUAUGUUUAUAACUUUCUGACUUUGAUUUGUUGCACAGGUUCGUGCUUAUGCUGUAAGUGUCCUUGAAAGAGCUGAUGAUGAAGAGCUUCGGUGUUACUUACUACAGCUUGUUCAAGCACUUCGAUUUGAACGUUCUGAUAAGUCCCGCUUGUCACUUUUCCUAGUACAGCGCUGUAUGUAUGAUUUACCAUUCUAUCUCUGAUUAAUUAAAAUGCAUUAGCUUAUUUUUCUUUCCUAUAAGCUUCUUGCCACUGGUUUUCUCAAGGGUGUCGAGCGUUUUUUCUUAGUACAAAUUGGGAAUCUUGGUGAAAUGUUUGACCUAAAGUCACAAGUCAAACUUGGUGAAAUGUUUAAUCUUGCCACUGCACGCUGCUUCUAAUUGUUGAGUUUAAUUAGAGACCAUGCACGUAUGCUAUGGCCUACAGUACUUGUCAGAGGAUGCUCUUAAUUCAUAUGGGAGAAGUGCAGUAUUGAAUUCUUGUAUUGCCAUUUAGUCAAUGAAAAUUCUCCUCUUAAUAUUAUACUUGGAGUUUCUAAAAUAUUUUUACUUUUUUGACAGCGGUACACAAUAUCGAAAUAGCUAGCUUCUUUCGUUGGUAUCUAACUGUGGAGUUUCAAGAUCCUGCCUAUGCAAAACGUUUUCAUUGUACACACGAAAUACUAGAAGACCAUAUGAAGAAAGUAAGAAUCUUUUUAUCCUGUUUUGGAUCCUCUUAGAUCUUUAUUUUUUCGGUUCCUUGCUUCUGUAUUUUGCCGUGUGCUGUAUCGUUGGUGAGAUUUUAUCGUCAUUUUGCUGAUUGCAUCAUAUCUUCACAGUUCUGGCGGCUCUAUAUAUGAAAAACACAGACCUUUCAGCCAUUGGAUGCCUUUUUCGUGUGCAUUUGUUUGCCUGCCUAUUGAGCACCAUGCUCCUUAAUGCCAUUAUGGCACUUUGUCUUCUUUCUUGCAGAAUGCUCAGUCUUUCAAUGUUAUUUGCAACUGGAGACGUUUUUUCCUGUUUAUCUUUGGGCCAUAUCUCCACUGAAAAAUUUUCAGCCCUGGUUGAAAUUGCUUUCAGUGUUUUUUUAUGUAGCUUUACCUCGGAAAAAAGAUGAAAAAAAUUUAUUCAAAUUAACAUUUUUAAUAUCUAAAAACGAGAUAUGAAUACAUAAAUUUUAAAAUAGUAGAAUUAAAAAACCUUAGGAAAAAGAGAUACCCCCCAAGGGGAGAUGGAAAAAGGGUGUCUGAGGAGGUGAAAGUUGAUAAAAAAAAUUCUGAUAACCGACCGAAUUGAAAGUUGAGAGGAUCUGGGUAGUGAAACCUUCCCAAAAACAGAAAACAUUUCAAAUCUUUAAUCACUUCAGGAUUCACGUCGACAUCUAAUGAACCUAAGGAUGGUACGCAUUGAAAGGAGUAUUCUGCUGAAGGAGGAACAUGUGCAAUUGUAUCUCGGUGUAGAUCUAGGUCACCAUUUGUUCCUGAUCUGACCUUGACUAUGCCAAGAGUUUGGGGGGUGUAUGACUUGCGAACUGGCGAUAAUAGAAGUGAAGGGUUCUCUUGACAUAAUCAAUCGGCUGAUUUAUUUGAUCCGACUGGGUCAGAAUCAGAUCAUGUUUUAUGGAUCAGAAUCUGUUUUAUGGAUCAGAUCAUGCCAAGGUCACCAUUCAUGUUUUAUGGGUCCGACUGGUUCAGAAUCUGGCUGCCCAAUCAUGCUUUAUGGAUCAUGGUCACAGUUGAGAGGGUUACUUCAGAGUUGGAUGCUAGUUUCCAUGGAAGUCAUUUAGGGAAGAGGCGAGCAACCCCGUUCCAGAAAAUGCCCAGGGCGAACCUAAUUGUCAUGUUAGAGUAUGGUCAGCAUCAAACCAUGUUGGGUGAACUAAACAUAGGGUUAUCCCAGAAGUCUUGAAAAUAAAGUCAGCUUGGACUCUAUCAGUCUGCCGCUCAUGUUUUCGGGUUUCAACUGGGUCAGGACCCUUUGAACGUUUUUGGUCAGUUUGUGGGCCUUCUUGCCAUUAUGCAGUGUAACAUGGAAGAAGAGAAGUGAAGAAAAAGUUAAAGAAAGAGGAAGAAGAACUACCACUGCCACUGUGUUUUGGUUUAUCGCCAUUUCCCCCAUGAACUGGCCUGAGUCGAGCUGAGUCGAUAAAUCAUUGUACUGGGUAAGCUCCUGGCGGAAAUCUGUCCUCUAUAGUUAAAAAGUUGCUAGAAGUAAAUUGGAGAAAGAUGAAUGAGUCGCUGCUCGGAACUGAUAUAUGCAGACAAAAUUCUACGAAGGAAAGAAGUUUUGGAAAUUAAGUUCCCAAUUCAGGAUAUUUUGAUAUUUUUAGGAUACAAAGAUAGGACAAGCAUAUCACAACUUUUCUAUUUGAGCUCAUUAUAUUGCAUGAUUAUCAGAUUUCAUGGGCACUUUCCUUUGAUCAGUUGGCAGGUAGUGAUGAAGAUGAAGAUGGAAUCAGAUUAUGGGAAAGUUUAAUACGCCAGACUGGUUUGACAGCACAGCUAUGCACAAUUAUGAGGGAUGUGAAAGGUGUGCGGGGGGGGACACAAAGAAAAAUUGAAAAGCUAAGGCAGCUGCUCUCCGGUCUUCAUAGUGAGCUUACCUAUUUUGAAGAGGUGAAUAUAAAUUUACCGUUACAUAUUUUCUGUCGUUGGAUGUGACUACUGCAUGUGAUUUAGUUAAAGUUUUGACCUUACCUUUUCUCUUUGUUCUGGUUCAUGCAGCCAAUUCGCUUACCUCUAGCACCAGAUGUACUCAUUACUGGGAUUGUGCCCGAAGAGUCAUCAAUUUUCAAAAGUGCAUUGAAUCCUCUUCGUCUGUCAUUCCAAACAGCUACUGGUGGACGCUGUAAAAUAAUGUUCAAGAAGGGAGAUGAUAUCCGGCAAGAUCAAUUGGUAUUCUGCUAAUUGUUAACAUUUAAUUCAUGAUGAUGCUAUCAUCUCCAUAUGCCUUUUCGACAAAUGUUUGGGAAACACCUUGGCAUGUUCUUUAAUAGUCUCAAGGAGAAAACUAACUAAAAUCCUGCGGAUUUGCUAACUGAGCUUUUUUUUGGUAUUGAAUCUUUUUCCCCCUAGAAUUAAUAUGUUGAUAGGCGAACAUCGCUUUUGUUAUCAUGAGUUUUUCAGGUGGUUCAGAUGGUAUCUCUUAUGGAUCGCUUGCUUAAGUCAGAAAAUCUUGACUUGCAUUUAACCCCAUAUAGAGUGUUAGCGACUGGACAAGAUGAGGGGAUGCUUGAGUUUGUACCUUCCAGUUCAUUAGCACAGGUAAAUGAAUCCUGCAUUAAUUAGUUGUUGUCACUGAGUGACAAAUUGAUUUGCAUGUUUGAAGAUUGCAGGUUCUGCAAAUCAUCAGUUGAAGUGAAUAAAUGUCUAUGUACACUUAUAAUAGGAGAAAGGUCCCAUAGACCUGCAGAAGCAUGUAGUUUAUUUAAGAUUGCAUACUAGAAUAUGUUGUACAGUUAUAUGAAAACUUACUGUUCACCCAUAACUGCUUGGUUUAGCGUAGGCCAAACCCUAAAUCGUGCCUCGGACAUUUACAUUUGAUGUGCUCUAGUGAUUAGAGUGUGAAAACACUCCUUUACGGAUUGUUCAGGUCUGGUGAAAAACAUUCUGAGUUGGGCUGACCGACUACUUCGUUGUUUAUAUUCAUGGUUUCGUAGCUAAAACAACAACUUAACUACUCUAAGAACAAGAAAUAGCUUAUUGUUUUAUCAUAUCAUAAAUGAAAUUUUCAGCCAUUAGUCAAACAAACGUAAACGGAUGAAUCUACUAUUGAUUGAAAAGAACAGAGCAAGGGUAGAAUAAGUUCCUCAGUUUUGUGUGUAAACUUGAUAAAAACAAUUUUUCCCGACUGUUGGAUAGUAAGUGAUCUAACAAAGGCAGUAUCUUCUUUAUUGGAAUUAUUUAAAAAUGUUAUUGAGUAAUUUUUUUAAUUUUCCUGCUUUUUAUGUAACUUUAAAAUGUGUGCACAUUAAUUACAACAUGAGUUCGUGAAAACAAGUUAUAAAAGGCAGUAUGUGAAACAAAUCCUCAUAGGCUGUCCUGCUAGUUAAUUUCUCUUAGAAGAUUAAUAUCGUGGCAGGUUCUCUGGAAUUACAUAUUUUGUUGCACCACAUCAUUGUCAUUCUCUGUCCCUGUCUUGCUAUGUGUUAAUUUACUUGGUCAUAGAUCUCUCUUUUGCGAACAUGUAACUUUUAUUCUCUCAGAUGAUCUGAUUCUAUGAAUCGUACACAAUCUCGUUUAUUACUAUUUUCUUCUGUGUAAUGGACAAAGGCAAGUAUAAAGGAGAGUAGUAUGACAAUUUUUCUCUUUAGAUUUUAUCAGAGCACCGUGGCAUUGUCAACUACCUUCAAAAGUUCCAUCCAGAUGAUGAUGGGCCGUUUGGGAUUACGGCAGUAUGUCUUGAGACUUUCAUAAAAAGUUGCGCAGGCUAUUCUGUUAUCACGUACAUUCUUGGUAUUGGUGACAGGUAACCUUAUUUUUAGUUUAAUAUUUUCCAAUUAUUUCGACUUAUUUCCUAGUCUCCUCGACAUGCAGAUUUUUACCGCAGCUUUAUUUCCAUGAGUUUUUUGAAUCAUGCUUUAUUCUUAGAUGGUUUGUGGAAAAGUGUUUCGAACUCCUAUUUCUUCCGAUUUUGUUUUUAUGUUGGACGAUUGCUUGCAUUUCUUCCUCCCAGGCAUCUGGAUAACCUUCUUCUUAGGGAUGAUGGACGACUCUUCCAUGUUGACUUUGGUUUUAUUCUGGGCCGGGAUCCCAAGCCAUUUCCACCACCAAUGAAGCUUUGCAAAGAAAUGGUGGAGGCCAUGGGUGGUGCUGAAAGGUUAUUUCAGAUCUAUACCUUUUUGGACGUUUUAUUUCUACAACUCAAUGCUUCUUGGAAAGUAUUCAUUACACAUUUUGUUAUGGAUUAUUUGUGGUAUUUCAUUUUUGGUGUAUCCUCUCGCUCGACUGUCUGUCUGUCUGUGUGUCAAUAUCUGUCUGCCUCUCUUCCACCAGCUGUAAGUGCUGGACUUGUGUGCACAGCUGCUGAAGAAAAAAUGUUGUUAAUUUUGGAUUAUCCGGAAAAUAACUCUUGACUUCCUAGCGACGCGCUGAUCUCACGGUUCUCAUUUUGCUGAUGAAAAUCCAGAUGACAGAGGCUUAUAAGUUGCUUUCCUUUGUGACAUUUGAGCUUCUGGAUUUCGCCCAUACGCCCAAUUAGUACCUGCCAUAUUAUUCUUGAAACGGUUUAGUGGUUGUUUAGAAUGUGUUAACAAAGUAGAAAACCUAUGAAUAAUAUUACGGACGUUUUGAAGAUUCUGGUUUUUUAGCUUCAAAGCUAAUACAAUUUUAUUUUUUUUACGCAUUUUUUGCACGUUGUGUUGUUCCAAAAUGUCUAAAUGAUGCUCGGUUCAUAUAUCAAGUUACAAUCUUCGUUGUAUUGGUUCAUAUGAAUAAUGUCAUUGGAUCUCCGCAAUGUAUUCGGAAAAUUUCAAAGGUAGCAAUCUGUUGUGUAAUCUUGGAAUUUUCGAUGGGAACAUUGGCUGUGUAAAGACCUGAACCAUGCAUGACCUUGUGAAUGGUUGGCAUCAAGAAGACAUUGGGUCAAAUUUUGCCAAAGCUUUGCAUGUUUCAUUUGUUCUUGCAAACAACAUUUAAUUUGGUUUCAGAGAACUUGUCAAUGCAACGGAGAAACUUGCGGGAAUCAGGUCUUCGACAUUGAGCUAGGGACAUAUAUUUUGCUUACAGAGAAUUAGGAAGCAGUAAACCCGAAUCGUCGGAUCUCUACACCCUUGCAAUGAUGCAUUUAUCUCUCUCAUCUAAUUGGAGUGAUAAAGAGUUUUCUAAUUUUGUUUCUUAUUUUUUUGACACUCAAAGCAUGGACUAACUAACGUGGGAUUUAAUAUGGUGGUGCACUUAUCAACUUUCCAUAUUCGAUUUUCAAGAGCCAUGAUAUUACAGUUUCCAGCAUCUAAUGCCUUGACACUUGUCUAUAUGAUUCUGUCUCUUCUUUUACAGCCAAUAUUAUACAAGGUUCAAGUCUUACUGUUGUGAGGCAUAUAACAUUCUUCGGAAAUCCAGCAAUCUCAUACUAAAUCUGUUCCACUUGAUGGCUGGUUCAAACAUCCCCGAUAUAGCCUCUGAACCCGAAAAGGGCAUCCUGAAGGUGACUGCUUUUCUAAGUUUAGUUCCUUCUGCAUGACCCCAAUCACUCUUAGGCUCAACAAAUUUCUCAUCCUACCAGCUUCAAGAGAAAUUUCGGUUGGAUUUGGACGAUGAGCAUGCUGUACAUUUUUUUCAAGACCUUAUCAAUGAAAGCGUCAGUGCAUUGUUUCCACAAAUGGUGGAGACCAUCCAUAGAUGGGCUCAGUAUUGGCGAUGA